AAGGAUCCAUUUUUCCGACCUGGAAAACUACCGCUUUAAACACAACGCCUCACUCACUCUUCUUAAUCUGAAAUUUCACAGAAAAUGAUCCUCACCGUUCCAUAGUAGAAUCUGCGACAAGCGCAGACAAAACCCUUCUCGUAUAUAGAUUUGUUGUGUAUAUAUUUUGUGGGAUUUUGGGCGAAGAUGGUGAAUUUUUCUUCUACUUCACUGUUCAUGGAGUCGAAAAGACUCUCAUUCUCGGAUCAGCUGUUGUCGUCUCCAAGAAGGAAGAUAGUUUCACCUUUUGGUGUGUGUAUUGUGUUGUUCUUCAUUUUCUUAGGCGCAGUGUUCUCUAAUAUCUCGUCGAAGCGUCCUACCGGUGAUAGCUCUUUUCUUUCUUGGCCAUUUUGUGGUGCGUUUGCUUCUUGUAGUAAUAGUUCUGCAAGUGGUGCUAAUAGUAAUGCUAAUGGUGUUCUUCAGACUGUGCAACGCCCUGUGGAUGAAACCCUUAAAGCAAAUGCUACAGGGAGUGUUCAAAGUUCAGAUUUUGUGGGUUCUGAGGGGGAAGAUAAGGUUUUUGAGGAUGCCCGCGUUGGGAAUGACUCUGAGAAGCUACAAGGUGGACGCUUUAUUGUUGGAGAAGGAAGCUUAGUAGUGAAAACAGAUGAGAGAAAUGUCUCAUCUUCAGGUAGAAAUACAAUUUUGAUGGAUGGUAGUGGGAGAGGAAACGAGUCGGAGACGGCCACUGUGAUGGAUCUUAUUGAUGAUGAUGUGAGGAAUGGGACUGUUAGCGGUAAAGAAAAUGUCAAUCGGAAUUCUACCGUUAAGUAUCGACAUGGUUCAAGGGAUGCAGAAGUUGAAUCCCUGCAAGUUGGUAGUGUGGGUAAUUACUCGAAUGAUGGAGAUACUGGUGGUUCAAGAAUUAAUUGGACAGAGGCUCCUGCUAACAGAUCAUACGAGGAUUGUGACAUGUUCAAAGGUAGAUGGGUGAGGGAUGAUUCAAUGCCAUUCUAUCCUCCAGGUUCCUGCCCUUAUAUUGACCGGGAUUUUGAGUGCCAUCUUAAUGGGAGGCCGGAUAACGAGUUUCUGAAAUGGAGAUGGCAGCCAGAUGACUGUGACAUACCCAGGUUUAACGCCACCGAUUUUCUUGAGAGACUUAGAGGGAAAAAGUUAGUAUUUGUUGGAGAUUCACUAAAUAGGAAUAUGUGGGAGUCCCUUGUUUGCCUUCUCCGCCAUGCUGUUGAAGACAAAAACCGAGUUUAUGAGAUAUCUGGAAGGCAUGAGUUCAAAAAGAAGGGGUUUUUUGCUAUCAGAUUUGAAGAUUAUAAUUGUUCUGUGGACUUUGUUAGUUCUCCUUUCCUCGUCAAGCAAUCAUCUUUCAGUGGAAAAAAUGGCUCUUUUGAUACUCUGAGACUGGACCUGAUGGAUGAGACAACUUCCAUGUAUCAUGAUGCAGAUGUGAUGAUAUUCAAUACCGGGCACUGGUGGACUCAUGAGAAAACCUCUCGUGGGGAAGACUAUUACCAGGAAGGUGAUUAUGUUCACCCAAGACUUAAAGCAUUGGAAGCAUACAAGAGGGCACUCACCACCUGGGGUAGAUGGGUGGAUAAGAAUGUUGAUGGUAACAGAACACAAGUUAUUUUCAGAGGAUAUUCAGUCACGCAUUUUAGGGGCGGUCCGUGGAACUCAGGAGGAGAGUGUCACAAAGAAACUGAACCAAUAUUCAAUGAAACUCAUUUAGCAAAGUACCCCACGAAGAUGAAAGCUCUGGAGUAUGUGGUCAAGGGCAUGCAAAUCCCUGUUACAUACUUAAACAUAAGCCGGCUCAGCGAUUACAGGAAGGACGGCCACCCUUCAAUUUACAGACCAAAUUAUGAAGCACUGCAAGAAAUCCACGCCCAAGAUUGCAGUCACUGGUGCUUGCCAGGAGUACCAGAUACCUGGAAUGAGUUGCUUUAUGUAUCUCUAUUAAAGAGCAGCCGGGGAUCUUGGAGAGACUGAUUCACGGCUUUCAUGUGGUUUUUUGUCCCACUUCCGUUCAUUCUCCCCCACGCAAUGCUGGUAGUGAAUAAUGUGCAGUGUUGCGAGGUAUCUGGUUUAUCCAGAUAUCGGAUGUAUCAUAGACGAAGAACUAGGAUGCAGAGUUCGGCUUCUGACAUAGACGUUGGAAGAAUGGACUUUUGUACAAUUUGUGUAACAUAUCAUUUUAAUGCAAUAUUGUUUUAUUUUUCUCUUUUCA